AUGGCAACUGCUGCAGUGGCAGCGAGACCCCCAAGGGAAAUGUCCUUUGAUGGUAAUUUGGGUGCCAGCUGGGAAUUCUUCAUUCAAAAGUUCGAAAUAUAUCUGCUAGCAGCCCGACUAGACAAGGAAACCGAGGAGUACAAGGCCGUGGUAUUCUUGAAUACUGUGGGGGACGGCGUGAUCAAAAUCUACAAUAACCUCGAAUUUCAAGCAGCUGGAGACAGGCAGAAGUAUUCUGUUAUUACCCAAAAGUUAAACGAAUACUUUAUUCCAGCUAAGAACGUGACUUUUGAAAGAAAUGUAUUCUUCACUCGAAAUAUGAGGAGUGAGGAAACCAUAGAUGAGUAUUGCAAUGAUCUCAGAAGCGUCAUACAGAUCGCCAGCGUAGUACAUACCAUCAAGCCCAACGUUAAAACCGUCAGCGUGAAGAAAAAACUGGUGUCUGCUAUUGCUGUGGAAGAGACCAUUCAAGGGAUAGGUCUGAGUGUCCAGCAAAAAAUGUGA